AUGCUUAGACUUGCGCUCAGACAGCCCCUAGUUCGUGCCCCUGUGCGUGCGUCGCAGUUUUCGACGUUUUCUGGCUUGUAUGCUAAGGCAGCUCCUCCAGGAGGAAAGAAUAAAGCCAAGCAAGGGUUUGGAAACAAGAAGAAGGGAGAUCCAACCAAAACCAAGACCAGAAAGGCAGGAAUGACCCAUUUGAAGUUCAGAGAUGCUGUGAGGCAACUAGGCUAUGAAAAGAAUGCGCCAGCCUUGAACGAGGCCAAUUUCGCCUUGGGAACGUUGAACGCCAAGGCCCUCGUCGAUGAAGAGCAACAGCAGAGUGUCGUCAAGUACGAUGCCCCCACCAUGGAAAAGCUUGUUGCUCUCAAGUCCUUUAAAAAGUUCCAGUACCACGAGAUGUUUAGCCAGCCCACAUCAAUGAUCACUGACAAUACCAGAGCACUCUACGAAGAAUUUGUGCAAAGGGCCGUAGGCAAUGGGGAAGAAGCUGAGUCUGCAGUCCCAUCGUCUGCCAACAGAGUGUGUCUUAUUGGAGAAAAGGGAGUUGGUAAAUCUACCCUCAUGACUCAAGUACAAGCAUUGGCUCUCUCACAGGCCCAGAACAACGUGAUCUUGCUCCAUUUCGACCACCCGGACGCUGUUACCAACGGUACCCUGGACUACAUAUUUAACCCCAAGUUGAACAAAUACCAACAGCCAAUGUUCACCAAGAGAUGGAUAAUAGCGUUCCGUAAGGCCAACGAGAAGGUUCUCAAGCAACUUGCAUUGUCCCAAGACGUAACGUUUAUCAAUAAGAAGAAGGAAAAGACCACAUUGAAGAGCGGUGAGAACACAGUGUGGGACUUUGUAGAGCAGAACCACGACUUCGGUAAAGUGGGCCCAACAUCUGCUUUCCAAACCUUUGUAAAGGAAUUGCAGCACCAUUCUGCUAACGUGCCAGUAGUUGUCACCGUUGACAACGUCAACGCUGUAGUCAAUGAAACAGUUUCCAAAUAUUUCCACCCAGACUACACCCCAAUCCACUUAACCGAAUUCGAAAUGGGCUCUUUCCUCGUUCAAGUUCUCUCAGGAGAAGUGUCCUUCGCUAGAGGUGGUGUUUUGAUGGCUGAGUCCUCGGACAACAGCAGUGCCCACACCUUGAACGUUGGCUUAGGAUUAGAAGAAUAUGACCCCUACUACACCACUGCCGAAUGUGACUACGACGUUGCUUCCGGCCUUUUGCUGAAUGGUGGGCUCAGAACUUACCAAUUGGCCAAUUUGACCAAGGACGAAACAAGAGACUUGAUCGAGUUCUGGGAAUCUGCAGGUGUGUUACAAUUGAGAGACUACCCAAGGAAACCAAAGGCUGGAGAAGCAACCGCUGAAGCUGAAUUGAGUGGGGACGAUGUAUUUGAAAAGGCUGUGCACAAUCUGUACACCUUGACAUCAGGAAAUGUUGGAGGAUUGGUCAAUGUUACCAACUUUAGUUUCUAG